AUGAUUUUUGGACUCAAGGGAGUUGAUCUGGCGAAUAAUUUUGAGCUGAUUCGUGGCUUGAGAUAUUCGGGAAACUUCCGAGGCGAUGCUUGUGAGACUGCUAUCUUAGGUGUUCGAACAGUGGAAGCGAUGUACCACAAGACCGUUCUGCAAGAUUGGACAAGAGAGGUUCUGUCUAUCCCAUGGAAUCCUCAUGGGAAAGGAACCACCCUCUCCGAGUACAAAUACUAUCGCAGUUUGACAGCGACCACUCCUUCGAGAAUUCCAGCCGUUCGAGUCUCUUGCACACCCGCGCAAAACCUAUCCCGGUCUGAUUCGAAAGUCAGAGUUCCGUUCCUCGAACCAAAUGGCUGCUCAGGCGGCUCACAGAUGUCCCAAUUUGUUGAAUUCGACAUGUCCAACAACUCUUCGACCAACAACAUACAUGCUACCUGGGGCCGAUUAGUGGCAUGGUGA